AUGGGUCCUCCUCUGAAGUUCUUCAAAAACCAGAAGUACCAGGAACUGAAGCAGGAAUGCAUCAGGGAUGGUAGACUUUUCUGUGAUCCAACCUUUUUGCCUGAAAAUGAUUCACUUUUCUACAACCGACUGCUUCCUGGAAAGGUGAUAUGGAAACGCCCGCAGGACAUCUGCGAUGACCCUCGUCUGAUUGUGGGCAACAUCAGCAACCACCAGCUGACCCAAGGGAGACUGGGGCACAAGCCAAUGAUCUCUGCGUUUUCCUGUUUGGCUGUUCAGGAGUGUCACUGGACAAAGACAAUCCCCAACCAUAAGGAACAGGAAUGGGACCCUCGAAAACUAGAUAAAUAUGCUGGGAUAUUUUACUUCCGGUUCUGGCAUUUUGGAGAAUGGACUGAGGUGGUGAUUGAUGACUUGCUGCCCACCAUCAACGGAGAUCUUGUGUUCUCCUUCUCCACCUCCAUGAAUGAGUUUUGGAAUGCUCUGUUGGAAAAAGCUUAUGCCAAGCUCCUUGGCUGUUAUGAAGCCCUUGAUGGUCUGACCACCAGUGAUAUCAUUGUGGACUUCACUGGCACAUUGGCUGAAACUGUUGACAUGCAGAAGGGAAGAUACUCUGAUCUUGUUGAGGAGAAGUACAAGCUGUUUAAAGAACUGUACAAAACAUUUACCAAAGGAGGUCUGAUCUGUUGCUCCAUUGAGUUUCCUGACCAGGAGGAACAAGAAGUUGAAACUGAUUGGGGUCUGCUGAAGGGCCAUACUUACACCAUGACUGAUAUUCGCAAGAUCCGCCUUGGAGAAAGACUUGUGGAAGUCUUCAGUACUGAGAAGCUGUACCUGAUUCGUCUGAGGAACCCCUUGGGAAGACAGGAAUGGAGUGGGCCCUGGAGUGAGAUUUCUGAAGAGUGGCAACAACUGACUGCAGCAGAUCGCAAGAACCUGGGGAUUGUUAUGUCUGAUGAUGGAGAGUUUUGGAUGAGCCUGGAGGACUUUUGCCGCAACUUCCAUGAACUCAAUGUCUGCCGCAAUGUGAACAACCCAGUUUUUGGCCCCAAGGAGCUGGAGUCGGUGGUGGGAUGCUGGACUGUGAACGAUGAUCCCCUAAUGAAUCGUUCAGGAGGUUGCUAUAACAACCGUGACACCUUCCUGCAGAACCCCCAGUACAUCUUCACUGUGCCAGAGGAUGGGCACAAGGUCAUCAUGUCUCUGCAGCAAAAGGACAUGCGCACUUACCGCCGCAUGGGAAGACCUGACAAUUACAUCAUCGGCUUUGAGCUCUUCAAGGUGGAAUUGAACCGUAAAUUCCGCCUCCACCACCUCUACAUUCAGGAGCGUGCCGGGACCUCCACUUACAUCGACACACGCACUGUGUUUCUGAGCAAAUACCUGAAGAAGGGCAACUACGUGCUGGUCCCAACCAUGUUCCAGCAUGGUCGUACCAGCGAGUUCCUCCUGAGAAUCUUCUGUGAAGUGCCUGUCCAGCUCAGGGAGCUGACUAUGGACAUGCCGAAGAUGUCCUGCUGGAAUCUGGCUCGUGGCUACCCCAAGGUUGUCACCCAGAUCACGGUGCAUAGCGCUGAGGGCCUGGAGAAGAAGUAUGCCAAUGAAACUGUAAACCCAUAUUUGAUCAUCAAGUGUGGAAAGGAAGAAGUCCGUUCUCCUGUCCAAAAGAACACCGUUCAUGCCAUUUUUGACACCCAGGCCAUUUUCUACAGAAGGACCACUGACAUUCCUAUUAUAGUGCAGGUAUGGAACAAGCGCAAGUUCCGUGAUCAGUUCUUGGGCCAGGUUACCCUGGAUGCUGACCCCAGUGACUGCCGUGAACUAAAGUCCCUGUACCUGCGUAAGAAGGGUGGCCCAACCGCCAAAGUGAAACAAGGCCACAUCAGCUUCAAGGUUAUUUCGAGCGAUGACCUCACUGAGCUCUAA